GCUACAGUACCCUUCUCGCAGGUCUGGCUGCCAGAGAUAAGAGGAGCGUGCGCUUGUGUCUGUGUGACGGCAAGAGUCAGAUUUCGCCCACGUUCCGCUGUCAGGUGAUGAAGGUUUGCUGUUAUAAAACAGCCCUGUGCCCUGCAGAUUCUGCAGAUCCACCAAACAUUUUUUUUUAAACAGGCUCCACCUCUGAACCAAGAACCCUUAUUUUGACAGUUCAACGCGGAAGCUGUUGUUGAGGUAGUCCUGCAGGCUGGUCUGACCGGGGAUGUACCGUCUCACUCCUUCACGGUGAUUAAAGAUGGAAACCCUGUCCGGUCAGGCGGCCGGUGCGGAGCCGGAGGUGGCCCCGGUCCCGGUGGAGGUGGACGCUGCGGUGUUCCUGCUGGGAGCGGGAGUCACGGCCAUCACGCACCCGCUGCUGUACGUGAAGCUGCUCAUACAGGUGGGACAUGAACCUCUUCCCCCCGACUGUGGGCACGACCAUGUUCGGACGGAGAGUCCUGUACCUUCCGGGCUUCUUCUCUUACGCACAUCACAUCGUGAAGGUGGACGGAAAGAAAGGACUCUUCCGCGGCCUGUCGCCUCGCCUCGUGUCCAGCGCCAUCUCCACUGUGGUCAGGAGCAAGGUGAAGCAG